AUGUCCUGCUACCUUCAUUUUGCAGGAGAGUGCCAUCGAUUCUGCAUGCCUGGAACAGCGCUCGAACGGCGAAUCAUGGCGGUCACUCCACGAGAAGUACAGUUGGUAGCUCAGUCAGUUCAGAGGCGGAUCGAUUCUGCUUCAAGAAGAAAGAGAAUAAAUGAAACUUCUUGUCCAGAGCAAAAUGCAAAUGGCGGAGUACGAAAUGAAAAUGAACAUGAACGAGAACGAGAAGAUCAUGAAGCAGCUGAAAAUAUUAUUGAGUCCAAUGACGCUGAUGACAGUCACGAGAAUUUGAUAGAAAUGCAAGAAGACGACAGUGGUGCAAGUCAAGAAACUGCUCUCGAUUUCUCAUCCGAGGGCCGGGGAGAGGGAGGAGAGUUGACGGAGUUGGAGUUGGCUAUGUUGGAGGAGUAUGAGCAAAAUCGUGGUGUUAUACUGACGGAUUUCCAAAGUCUAAAGCGCGAAGAAAAUAGAAAAAGGUUAUGUCGUGAACGCGUACGAGCUAAAAUUUACACUCUGGGCCGAGCAAUGAGGAACAUUCAAUUCUCUGACUUUGAAUGUGAGCUUCUUCUUCGAUCUGAGCAAAUGUUGGAAAGUAUUGUGGAAUUGUGGAAUGCUCGAAUGGAAACCGCUUCCAAAGGAAUUCAAGAAAAACAGCCUCUGCCUCAGCUGCCCAAGCGAGAAAUGGUUUCCGAUAAGCGCGAUUUAUCAGCUCCUCGCGAUAUUGGCAAGGAGGGCGAGACAUCCUCGCAAAGAAGUGAAUCCACCUCGGAAGUGACUGCGAUGGCAGAAGCUCCUGUUGCUGCUCCGUCAGAGUCAGUCAGUAUGGAAACUGCCAAUGCAUCAGAGGAACAGCGAAAACCCAUCCAUAUUGAUACUACAUCUGAAAUCACAUCGUCUGCAACUCCAGCGGGUGCGAAAACGUCGAGGCCACCGCGACCCAGGUCUCGACGUGCUCCCCGAGCAGAGAAACAAAUAAAAGAGGAAUACCCUUCCCAUUCGCCUACACCUUCAUCUUCACCUCCAGCACAACCUGCAGUUUCCAGGCUUGGUCGCGUUAUCAAGCGAAAAAAGAUCUUAGAUGUAUGA